AUGCAACCAGCGAGGGAGAUGGAGGAGGAGGGGGAGGCUGCCCACGCACGUAAGUGGCCAGGAUUAGAGCGUGAACUCUGAAGGAGCAGGAUCGGCGUGUCUGAUGGAGCGGAUAAGCCCAAAUGCUCCUAAUCAGUCUUUCGUUGAGUAUUCUUGCCUCUUCCUGUGCAGCUACGCUUUCGUCCUCCUCGUUCUCAUGAAGUAAAUAGAGAUCCUCAAUCAAAAGGAACGAACGGCAGUGGUGAUUAACACCUAAUGCUAUGCAAACACACAACUGCAGUUGUAGAAGCAACAGAUGGGCAGAGAGCUGCUGCAAUGGAAGAGAAAAAGCUGUAGUUAAAUCUUUUCCGUUAGAGACUCACCUAGUUAGGAAGGGCUGAUUGCUAAAGAGAAAAUGACAUCUCUAGAAAAAGUUGAUGAUGCCACAGCACCCGUUCGAGGACCUGGAGAUGGCAUGGAAACAGAGCAACCAGCUGGAUCAGUGGAAGUAAUCCCUGAAGCCAACACUACAAGCCAUCACAUCCACCACAGCCCCCAUAAAAAACCAGCCUCUUCCCUGAGUCCCGGAGUUCUGCAGCUGGGGAAAGUACAUGCAGAUAAAUCCGUGGAGAUUGAAGCUAUUCGAAUAUUAGUCCCCAAAGCAGCCAUCACCCAUGUUGUUCCAAGUAAAAAUGCAAAGGUAGCUAAAUCUGUGGGACAUAAAGGAGACACAUUGCAUCAGUCAGAUGGAGCGACAGAUCCCAAGAAAGAACAGACAGAGCUGAAAAAUGCAAUUGAAAAGCUAAAGAAUUCAGAAAAGCGGUUGUUACAGGAUAAAGAAGGUCUCUCUAAUCAGCUGCGUAUACAGACAGAGGUCAAUCGGGAGUUGAAGAAAUUACUUGUUGCCUCUGUUGGGGACGAUCUGCAGUAUCACUUUGAACGGAUGGCUCGUGAGAAGAAUCAGCUCAUCCUAGAAAACGAAGUCCUGGGCCGGAAUAUGGCUCAGUUGUCUGAACAGCUGGAGCGGAUGUCUAUACAAUGUGACGUGUGGAGGAGCAAAUUCCUAGCAAGCAGGGUGAUGGCUGAUGAGCUGACCAAUACCAGAGCAAUUCUUCAGCGCCAAACCAGGGAUGCACAAAGUGCAAUCCAGGACUUGCUGAAUGAACGCGAUCAGUUCCGUCAAGAGAUGAUUGAUACACACAAGCUGCUGGAGGAGCUCAUGGUCUCUCUUCAGUGGGGGAGACAACAGACAUACUAUCCUAGUGCCCAGCCUUACACUACAACAGAGCUAGCAGCUGUGAACUGUAAGCUAGCCAAAGCUGUAAGCUCACAUCUUCUAGGAAAUGUUGGCACUAACAGUCCAAAGAAAACUUCAGCAGCUGUGGAGUUUUGCAAUACGCCUGCUGAGAAAAUGGCUGAAAUGAUGCUACAUGUACUGGAUCCAGCUGCACAUCCAGAAACAACAACAGAAGUUUCUUUUUCUGAGACUUCUCCAUCUUCUUUCCUUUCCACAAAGAAAAGUAUUGGAAGAUUUCACCCAUAUACAAGAUAUGAAGAUGUUACCUUCAAUUGUUGCAAUCACUGCCAAGGAGAGCUAAUAGCUCUUUAAGAGCCCAGCCAAGCUGCACAUGCACUCCUUCUGAAGAACUACACUCGUUGAUGUUCAGCAGGCUGCUCUUUGUCUUUUUACCAUAUUGGGUGGGUUUGGCAUUGGAAAGUACGAAGUUUCUGCUCCUCUACCUCUUAAAGUUAGGGAUUGACAGGAUUUCAGUAGUCACUGGGAUACUUCUACUACUUCUCAAUGGGGAAAGCUACUUAUUUUCCUAUACAAAGGCAAGUAAAAAACAUUAUGCUGAUCCUAUUUCUAGAGCAUAGAGAUGCUCUUGACUAUUUAACAUUUAUAGUCCUAUUAGCAAAUCAUAAUGAAUUUCCAUUUAGAGGGAGACAGAAGUAUAACCCUACCAAAGCAAAUGAAGUGCUGAUCAGUUAUGUCUGAAUUUAAAAAUAAUGGUAAAUGGUCAGUUACAUGUUGGGGCUUUUUGUUAAAUUUUAGCCAAGGUGAUGAACUGCCCUCAAGUCUAUGUUGUACCUUUUAAAUUUAGUUACAAAAAGGAGUAUGUGCAAUGAUUCUUCAUAGCUGUAAGUUCUGAAAGCAGGAGUAUGUGCAAUGUCAGCCCUCCUCUCGAGAAGGAGAUGAAGCUUGAAUGAACUCUAGCUAUAAUAUAUAAGUAGUAACUGCUUUCAAGUGGAUUCUAGAAAACUUUGUGGGGUGAGAUUAUUCUCGUGUUUCCAUUGAGCUUUUCCAUUGUUUCAGCUUCUAGAGUGAAGCUGCUGCAUAGCUGAUCCUCAGCAAAGGCAGACUGGCAUACUUCCUUUAGUACACAACAUUGAAUCCUGGCCUGGCAUUAGGACUCAGUCCUUGCCCAAGGUCUUCCUGGGUAUUAUGGGAAGAUGAAGAUAAGCACUAAGUUUGCACAGGUACUGUUAAAAGUAUUUUUUUACUUGUAUGGUUUUAUAAUCUUGAGGUAGAUUUGAAGUUCUUGACAUAGGUUUGAAGAGAACUUUUAGGAGACAAUCUGCUAAAUCCAAAGAAGCCUAUUUAAGUUUCUUAGCUUGACCCUCAAAUUUACCAUAUGAAGCUGUCUAGUUUAGGGAAAACAUUUCUGAAAUGGUUGUUUUUACCCAAUUUUCCUUUGAAUCUCAUACACAUUAUCAGAAUAUAUAAGUUCUAAGUUCUUGCUGUUACUGCCUCUGCUUUGGUUUACAUGAAGAAAGCUACAAUAAACUUCCUUUGCUUGCUUUGAA